UGGAAGGAUGUGAGUAAACGGCAGGAGGAUUUUGUCUUAAAAAGUCGGAGCAACGCCUCGUAUACAAUACUCCGUACAUAUUUCAUCUCUUGACAUCCAUCCCAAACAAAAUCCACCAAGACACCAUACCAACACACACAACUACCCCUAUCUUGCAACAAUAACUAAACCUCCAAAAACACAUCCACAUCACUUCAAUAUGGACUCUAGCAAAAACCAGGACCAAAAGACCCAAGUGGUCCCUAACCCCGACCAGGGUAACCAGGGCUCCGUGACGGACAAGAUCAAGGCCGCCUUCCAGCCCCACUCGGCAAACCCAGGACCGGCCAUUCCGCAAGACUUCAAGGCCACCGAGGAGGGUACCAAGGAGGAGCGCCGGGCCAAGGCUCAAGAACUGAACAAGUAAAUAGACAGGGUGUAAUUAAAACAGAAGUCGGAUAACGCAUGGAUGACAUCGCACGUGUUGGCAGGCGGUCGUUGAGGGUUGUGGCCAAAGAUCGGCGAGGACUGCACACCGCAACUUAUCAGUUAAUUAAUCAACAAUCCUGUUAAACACACCAUUGUUCUCCCAGUAAUUUUGACUGUCG